AUGGUGAUCAUACAUUUUCAGCGAAAGUUGCCAGUUUCAGGACCAGUUACGACAACGCCGCCAGUAUCUAUUGAGAAGGAAACCAUGCCAGACACAAAAGCGUGCUUGAAGCUGUUGUCGAAGUUGAAGGAGCAGAAGAAAACGCCCGAGGGCCAGGUGCACCCGCAGUGGUCGGUCGUGGCCCUGCAGCGUCCACUGUCACAGAGUGCUAAUCAACAUGGUUCUUUGCUCGCAGGUCAUUUCAAAGUGGUUCAAUGCGACAAGACCAGCGGCGUGUGCUGGUGCGUCGAUCCCGAAGAUGGAGAGGAGAUUCCAGGAACACGACUGCAAAAGUCUAAGGGUCAGCCUAAAUGUGGAGCUUGCCUGCACGCGAAAGCAAAGAUGCUAGACGACCUGACCAAGGGAAAGACUGGCUACAUGGUCGAAUGUGACAUUUCCGGCAAUUUCCAGCCGAUCCAGUGCAAUGCCGAAGAAGGCUACUGCUGGUGCGUGCACACCGACUCAGGAGAGGUCGUUUACGGCACGAGGACAAAAACCGACAAAGGCCAGCCCGACUGUACAGCUGAAGAAUUCGACUCUCACCGCUACUUCUACUUCGAAAAUGUCGGCUGCUCGGAGACCAUCGAAAAGAGCCUGGCCAAAUGCUACAAGACGUUCAGACAGAGCUUUCCGAAAAUUGCGGCCACCGCUUCGCCACUCAGCAUCUACUCGCUGAUCUACAAUAUGAUGUACAACGGCCAGUAUAAACAGGGUUGCGAACAUUACGGUACAUACAGCAAGUGCGCUUCAAUGGUGCUCAAAGAUAAGAAGUGUUUCCACUACGGUAACGUGAUCACUACCACCGCUUUUUCGUACAUCUGCCAGCCGACCAAUCAGAAGUUCUUUAUCGAACACACCAAGUGCCUGCGCAAGUGGAUCAAACAUGACGCUUUCGGCAAAUGCAAGGCACAGUACCAUGCCAUCCUGACCAAGCUGCUCUGCGUCAAAUCCGACUUCGUCAAAACUUGCGACUUGAAAAUGUGGAACAUGGUGGAGAUCAUCAUGGACAACGUCGAAAUCACAAAGAGGCACACCCUCGUACCAGGCGCAAAGACCGUCAAGCCUGUAGUACAUGAACUCACUACACCCAAACACAUCCCGGGUAAGACCGUUAAGCCAACUAUACAAGAAGGGACUAAAAAACCAACCGUGGAAAUUACAACAGUCAAACCUGUAGUGCCAGGAAAAAAGCCAGAAGUUACUACUCCAAAAGCAGUACCAAGUAUCACGUCAGUUGUACCAGGAAAAAAGCCUGAAGUCACUACUGUAAAAGUAGUACCGGGUAAGACCCUAAAACCAGCGGUCCCGGUAAAGAAGCCUGAAGUGACUACACCAAAACCUGUCCCCGGAAAAGUAACUAUCAAAAAACCCGCGGUAGAGGUUACUACACCAAAGCAUGUUCCAAGUAAGACUGUGCAUCCGGUUGUUCCAGGAAAGAAGCCUGAAAUUACUACACCAAAGCCUGUCCCCGGAAAAGUAACUAUUAAGAAACCCGCGGUAGAGGUUACUACACCAAAGCAUGUUCCAAGCAAGACUGUGCAUCCGGUUGUUCCAGGAAAGAAGCCUGAAAUUACUACACCAAAACCUGCUCCUGGAAAAGUAACUGUCAAGAAGCCCGCGGUGGAGGUUACUACACCAAAGCAUGUUCCAAGUAAGACUGUGCAUCCGGUGGUCCCAGGAAAGAAGCCUGAAGCAACAACGCAAAAGCAUGUUCCUGGCAAGGAAAUACCGAAAAUAACUGUGAAAGUACCUGCUGUUGAAGCCACGACAACGAAGCAUGUACCAGGUAAAACCGUAAAGCCGGCAGUGCCAGGAAAGAAACCCGAGGUUACUACCCUUAAAUCCGUUCCCGGAAAAAUAUCUACUAGAAAACCUGCCCUUGAAGCAACGACGCCAAAGCGUGUACCAAGCGAGACAUCGAUGCCAAUGGUUCUAGAGCAGAAACCCGAAAUUACUACUCGGAAAGCAAUACCUGACAAGACUGUGAAGCCAGUGGUUCCUGAAAAGAAACCGCAGGUCACAACUCCAAAGCAUGUACCUGGAAUGACGGUGAAGAAACCUGCGGUUGAAGCAACAACACCCAAACAUGUCCCCGGUAAAACUGUGAAGACAGUGGUUCCAGGGAAGAAGCCUCAUGUUACUACUGUUAAACCCAUCCCAGGAAAAGUAACGGUCAAGUUACCGAAAGUUGAAGUUACAACGAAGCAUGUACCAGGUACGACGGUGAAGCCGGUAGUGAUACCAGGGAAGAAGCCUGAAGUCACAACUCCUAAGCAUAUCCCUUCUGUGACCGUGAAGAAACCCGUCGUUAAAGCAACAACGCCGAGUCAUUUACCAGGCAGAACUACAAAGGCAGUAAUUCCAGGAAAGAAACCAGAAGUUACGACACCUAAGGUUGUUCCGGGAAAGAAGCCACAGGUCUCUACUCCAAAGCAUGUUACGGUCAUGACCGUUAAACCGGCGGUUCCUGAAAAGAAACCUACGAUUAAACCAACAACUCCGAAGCACGUGAAAGAGGUUACAACCAAACACGUUGAAAAGGUGGUGACACCUGUGGUCACUGUUCAAAAUAAGACUGUGGUGAAAGUUGAAGGCGUGACAAAGGUGGCGAAAGUAGUGACAGCAAAGCCCGUGGUUACAACGGUGAAAGCUGCCACAGUUAAACCUGGCAAGGAGGUAAAAGUCACUCAUGUUUCUGGCGCAACCAAGGUGGUUCCAAAAGUUACGAAAAAGCCUGUGAAAGUAGAAGUCUCUACAGUCUCAUCGAAAGCUGUUCCCACAAAGCCCAGCAAGGUACCGGUGACCGUUUUCCCUGGUAAAAUAACCGUCAAGCCUGCGCCUGCAGUCACGCCAAAAAAGGUCGUCGAAAAGACGACUGCUAAACCGGGUAGAGUGACACCGAAACACGUUACCGUCAAGGGAACCACUCCAAAGGCACCGACAGCGAAGGUACCAGUGGCGGUGACCAAGAAGCCCGUUGUGACUCCUAAGGUGACCGUCAAGGUACCCGCUAAGCCGGCGAUCACUACGGCUACGGCCAAGCCAAAAAUUGGAGUGACCAUGACCACAAAACCAAUAGUGACGAUGGCUGUGCCGACGAUGAUUUUCGCGAUCGACCGCGUUGCUCAAAUCAAGCCUGAUAAGGUCGAAUGCUCGCCGGUGGUGGAGCACUGGAAGCAGUGCCUGAGUACGUUCAUUAAGGCGACGAACUUCCUCAGCGGCUCGCUGACCGAUCUGACGCUGAUCAGCUCACGAUGGUCGAACAUCUUCGACAUCUGCCAGCACUACUACAACUACGACGCCUGUAUGAGCAUGUGUCCGGAUGUGGAGACGUCGGAAUGCGUUCCUUUCGGCCACACGGCUUUGUCAGGCUACGUCGGCAACGUGUGCAACCGCGAAGUGAUGCAGGCGAUGAAGAAGCACGGCUCCUGCAUCACCAGGUACCUGGCGAACGAAACCGACCUGUCCGACUGUGUGCAGACGUUCGUCGACUUCUUCAACCUGUCGUACACGUCGUUGAAGCCUCAGCGCACCGCCUGCCAGAAGAUUGGCGGCAUACACGGCUGCAUCCAAAGGUUCCUGGUAGACCGAUGUCACCCUGACGCCCAGCGAACGCUGGCCAAGGUGAAGCUCGGUUGCUACCACGCCUCGUCGCAGCUGUGCGACAACAUAACACUGGUCGGCGACAAAACCGUCACCAGAGAAGUAGUUCCCAGUAUAGUUGUAUCCUGGUCCGGCGAAUGCGCCAAGAAGCAAGCCGAUGCGCUGAAGUCCGGUCACGUGGGCGAUUUUGUGCCUCGUUGUGAGGAGAACGGUGAUUACUCGCUGGUCCAGUGCGACAAGAACGAGUGCUGGUGCGUCGAUAUCAAAACGGGUGAAGAGGCGCCAAACACCAGGAAAGCUGGAGGUGCCAGCGACGUCAGAUGCGGUCGGUGCCACUUGGAACAGGCGAAAGCCGCGAAGGAACACAAAAAGGCCAUUCCUUCGUGCCAGAACAACGGAAGGUACCACCCGCUGCAGUGCGACUACAGUAUCGGGCAAUGCUGGUGUGUUGAUACGCAGGACGGCACAGAGAUCAACAAUACGAGAGUUGGAAAGAAUCAAAAGCUGCCCAACUGCGGACUAAAAAACGAGUUCUCCUGUCGGCCGCUGCCCAAAAAGUCGAAAUGCAUGCCGGACGGUUCAAAGCCAUCGGAAGCGUUGCGCUGGUUCAAGGACGGCCAAAAAUGUAGAGUGUACAAAGUUUCCUUUUGCCCGAACGAAGCUCACCUUCCUCCCUUCGCAUUCCGUUACCAGUCAGAUUGUGAAGAAAUGUGUCUCGGACCUUACGCCAAUCGACUGCCUGUUAGGCUUUGA